GCUGAGCUGUUGACCUUGAAACCCGGCCUGUGCCACUGAGGAGAGUUCGCUUGUAAUACCCCAGUUGGCUUCUGAAGCUGCUUAGUAGAUAGUGUGUUGUACGCCCACCUCGCGGAAGGAUACACACUGCCAGAAUGUGGCUCACACGGACGUAUCUCGCUCUUCGUCUGCUGUUCACAGUCUCUUCCCUGGGAUAUCUGACGAAGGCCCAGCUCCCCGGGGUCGUGACCAUUGCUUCAGGAAGUGAGUGCCGACAACCGAGCUUUUGCCAGACAAAUCGACGAACACACAGAUCCGGAGAAACAGCUGAUAGGAUUCUACCAGGAGAUUGCCACGCCCCUCAUGGCUGACGUGGAAGUUAGCUACCUGGAGGACGAGGUUGACCCUGAGUCCGUGGUGAAGCAAGGCACGACUCACUACUACUCAGGAGGAGAGGUGGUGACCGCUGGAGUGUUGGCACCAGGAGCCACGCGCCUUGAGCCGGUAGUCCGGGGUGUUGGCAAGGCCGGACCUAUACAGUUCAGUGUGAACCGUCUCCACGCAAACCCAGCGCCCGCUCUCGAUAAGGACAACUAUGUGGCGAGGUUAUGGGCGUACCUUGCUGUGCAGGAUCUUCUGUCAAAAGCCUCAGUGGAAGAAAAUAAAGACCGCGUCGCCAGGUUGAAGGCAGAGGCACUGGAUAUCGCCCUUAGAUUCCACUUCGUAACCAAACUAACAUCGUUGGUUGUGGUGCGACCCGAAGAUGAACAAAUUGAAGAGGAGGAGAAGGAGGAGGGGUGGGAGGAGGAUAUCAAGGCAGAAGCCAUUCUUAAAGGACCAGGCACAAGACUCGCACCUGCAGCCAUUGUUAGCGGACCAGGCACGAGAUUCCACGCACCUGCAUCCAUUGUUAGAGGACCAGGUGCGAGGUUCCACGCUCCUACACAUUCAAAGAAGAUUAGAAAAACUGGACGCGAUUCUUCCUCUCAUUUUGUGGACAACGAUCCCCAUUUCGUGGUCCACGUGGACGGACUGCACUUGCCCCUUUGCUUCGAUCUCCAUGCUUCCGAUGGGGCUUCUCUUAGUCUUAUUCAGGACGCGGAGUCUGGCAUAAGGGUGAAUGGCCAGGUGUCAGCAGCGACGCAUAACCCGAGCCUGACGUAUUUCACAACACUGUUCCUGAGUCUUGGUCCCCUCAAUGUCACUGUUACGCAUGAUUUUAUUCACGUUGACUGUCUCAGUGACGACGGAACGCAGAUGGUACGCUUUGUCUCCGGAAUCACGUGGCCAGCUCGUAAAAAAGGGGCCAAGAGUCAGUCAAGAGGUCGUGGGGGAGUCCGUAGAGGUCGUAGAGGCAGCCAGCGCCAAACUCGCUCUGCCGAUGAGGAGUCGCCAGCGGAUUCGUGUGAUCUGAGGACUUCGUGGGAGGACUUUCGAGGAAUGAAGUACGACGACGUGAUCCUGACCCGCGUAGGACGCAAGAAAUUCAGCAUCGUCUUGGGCGGCGGCGACACCCACUUCGUCGUCGUCCGCUCCAGGAACAAGCGCCACCAGCGGUUCCUCGGCUUCUACGUGAAGGAAUCUGGAAUUCUGUCAGCCAGCACGGGGGGGGUCAUUGGUCAGUUCAUCUACAAGGAGGUGACGGCGGUUUCAGAGACGACCCUCACCAUCAACGAAAAGGGCAAACUAGAGAAUGUGGUGCAGCUGGCCAUGCAGCACCACAGCGCAACGAGAACCCACGAAUUCUCCGAGACGUCGGGCAUUAUGGCCAAACGGCGGUCUUCGCUGAGCAAGAACCGAGUGCGGUGCCUUCACGUCCGAAACAGCGGCAGGGGAAUUCUGGACGGCGCCCCUGCUGAUUACCUGCUGCCUUGUCUUGCCUGUUGAUUUGUCUCGUCGCGGCAGUGUUUAUCUUUUUUUUUUCAUUUAUUAUUCUUUUCUUUUUCUUAUAGAGAUGGACCAUGUGCGUUGCAAAUUGUUCCAUGUCGAGUCUUUUGAAGAGAAUGAUGCCCAAAUGAUGACACCUUUAUUAUACAUGAUAAUUUUAAUAACAAUACUAGAUCUACUCGCACAACUAAUAGUAAUACUUAUACUAACGAUAAUAAUAGUAAAAUAGUGGUAAAAUUAAAAACAACUAUAAUACUAUAACAGCAAUAAUAAUAAUAAUAAGAACAAUGGUUAUAAUAUAAAGAAUUACACGUAUACAAAUUAUACAUGCGCAUGAAAUGACUUGGUAACAUUACCGUAUCUAAUACUUCAUAUCGUUUCCUAACAGGCACAGACACCAGAAAAGUUCCCGUUGUUAUUCUUCCAUAUAUUUACGAAGACUUUCAUCCAAAGGGUUACUGCGCUCAGUUCUAACUAUUGUAGCUAUACUAGUAAACACUAACCUAUAUUAAGUAUUCGUCCCGAUAUUGUACUUACCGAGGUCAAGGAGUUAUUCCUUAGGUCAUCCAGUCUGUAUAAUGUAAUAAUGAAAUAGAUCGCAGAGUAAAAAUAAUUAGUGACUUCAAAGACUUUAUUUACUAUAUCAUCUACUAUAUCACUAAAAUACGUAGUAAAUCAGUGUAGGCCCAUGUAAAUUGCAGAGUACUGGUUACUGAAACAGUUUUGUUUAAUCUAUCGAUAUUUUUCUUUUCAUUUAUCAUUACACGUCAAGUCAUCGAUAUGAAAAAAGAGUGCAGUGUAUUUCUACCCUUUAUGCCACCUACAUUACCUAUAAAUAAGCAUUGUUUUCAUGAAAAGUUGCUCUAGAUUCUAACCGUCUCACAUCAAUGUAAGAUAUACAAUAUACAGGUACAUGUAUAUAUGCAUUGCAUUCUUUUUAUCUGACAGAACACCUUUGUUAAUAGUAUCACUUUUCCUCACGCCAACCAGCGUUUUUCUUCGCAAGUGUCACUAUAUAUAUAUGAAAGAAUCCUCGUCUUCAGUUCUUUUAUAACUUUCCCCUAUCUCUGCACAACGUAACGGCAUGAAAUCCUGGUGUUUAUAGAUCACUCUUACCUUGUGUGAUCUCUAAGUAAUACAGUAUUUUGCACAUUCUGACUCCACUACAACUGCCCUGCGUUCACUGGACACCUUAGGCUGCUUUUACACCAAGGUGGCACGUCGCAUUUGCCACGUGUGCCAUGUGUGAGCCACAAUCCGAAGCAAUUUAUAUUAUAUGUGAUGUAUGAAAGUCAAGAAAAUUAAACGAUACAUUUUAUAUACCAGUACAUUAACUCAUAAAACCAAAUAUCCUGUCAUUUCUGGCAUCUGUCAUCUACCGACUCGGACGUGUUACCCUACCGGUCUGACGUCAUACCCAACCGAUCCGUCAUUACAACUUCAUCGCUACGUCACAUGGUACUGGAAAAACAGAAGGUAUUACUGGAUUGACAGCCUGAACUCAAGUCUUCCGGCAGCGAUUUUACAGUCUGUAGACUAAAGGAGCACAUAGAUGCCAGGUAUCGCUAGCUGGAUAUUAGAAAAAAAAAA